GUUUCUGUGGGGGUCUUAUGGGCGGCUCGGCGGUUCUGGCCGCGCACACACUUGACACCUGUUAACUCUCGGCCUUCACUCUCUCGAUAUGUGGCACUGUUGUGACUGCGCUGCGCGGACUCCCUCAAAAAAAAAAAAUGCGUGACGCCACGUCGUCAUGGAAACUGCUCUACGCUUGAGGCUCGGAGGGAGAAAACAGGGCGAGAAUAUUUAAGACUUUGGUUUCAGCACCACCUCAGCUUGGACAGCGACUGCCGCCACGCACUGCCCUCCGCCAGAGUCCAGUCCGUAUGAUGCCCGCACAGCGGAGCCACUGACUCCGCCAGCACCGCCAACACUGACCCCGCUGGACUCGAACCCUCCUGGAAUCUGUGGUUCCAAUUUUAAAAAUCGCGAACUGAGUCCUGCAGAGCAUGAUGGAGCUGAGGGACGACCGGCGAUUCCACAAUCUAACCCAAGAGCAAGUGGAGACACUGGAUCAGGUUCUCACAGAGAUCAUUCCUAUUCACGGAAGGGGCAACUUCCCCACCCUGGAAAUCAAGCCUAAAGACAUCAUCCAUGUUGUCAGAGAGAGGCUGGUUUCCAAAAGCAUCAAGGUGAGGGACGUCCGUCUCAACGGCUCCACAGCAAGUCACGUGCUGGUCAAAGAGAACGGGACAAGCUAUAAGGAUUUGGACAUUAUCUUUGGUGUGGAGCUUCCCAAACAGGAAGACUUUCAGAUCAUAAAGGAAGUUGUUCUUGGCUGCCUGCUGGACUUUCUGCCACAAGGAGUCAACAAGGACAAAAUCACAGCUCUCACUAUGAAAGAAGCUUAUGUGCAGAAAAUGGUCAAAGUCUUCACUGAAAAUGACCGCUGGAGCCUCAUUUCACUCUCCAACAACAGUGGCAAAAAUGUAGAACUCAAGUUUGUCAGCUCUCUGCGGCGACAGUUUGAAUUCAGCGUGGACUCCUUCCAGAUCAUACUGGACACUAUGUUGGAGUCCUACCUCGAGGCUGAGAGAAGAGAGGCAGCACAACAUAAGGAAAAGGAACAAAAUCUUUCCCUGAUUCAGAGUGCUGACUCUCAGUUGAGUUUGUUAAAUGAGCAAACCACCUCUGCUGGUACACAGAGACACAGUGAAUCAGAUAUUGAGAUGUCAGGUGAUACUAUAGACAAGCCCAGUUUGCAGGACUUUGGAUGCCACAGCGAAACAGUCAUGAUGGAGGACCAAAGCAAGGUUUCCACAGAAGAAAUGAAUCUUGAAAAAAAACAUAAGAAGGAAAAUGAGGAAUCUGUAACAAUGACUGAAGCUGUGGAAGAAGUAUCAGAGCAGUCUGAUACAAGAACAGCACUUAUAAAGGAACUAGAUGAGAGUCAUGAAAAUACGUUAGUGCACAAAGAGGAAAUGCUAGAGGUCUGUUUGAAUGGAUACGAUGCUGACAUUCAAACAGAAACUGAACAGGUGGCCACUGUACAGAGUAGCAGUGAAGAGAUUGAUACGCAGCUCUCAGCUCCUCAAAGAAAUGUUCUAAAGGAGGGGUCUAAAGAGACUGAAGCUGUGUUAACAGCAGAGUCAGCCCUCUGUCCAAGCUCUUUAGUGCCCCCCAAUGUUGAAUCUGCACAUGAAAUUGAGCACACAGACACAAUGUGUGAGCUGAUGCAGGCUACAGAAAAAACACCUGAACCUAUGGUUCUCACUGAACAAUGUACAUUUCAGUCUCCUACUAUCACCUUUCUUACACAAGCAGUAGACUCAAACAGUGAGUACCCUUUACCACCUCCUGCCAAGAAAACUAGCCGAAGUUCGCAAAUGGUUGUUCUAAAGCAUUCCUCACCAAAACCCCCAAGGAAAAUGUCUAGAAAGGUCACGUGUGUGCCACACUCAGCAGAAAAAUCUGCGUCAAAAGACUCGACAGUUAAACCUUGUCAGCUUGUCAGCCAUUCACUUAAUGGUAGUGACACAAUAGAAUCAAUCCCUAUGCAAGUGGAAUUGCCAGGUCUUACCACAAACUGCUUAGACACAUUACCCAGUGCCUCACAUGACAAACACUCUCUGCUUAGAAUAUCAGACAUAUUUGCCCCAGCCUUUAGUGUUGCCUCCAAGGAGAAUGGCAAACACUCAGAGGAGACACAUUCUGUAUGUUUGCUCCCAGAAGAAAGCAUUCAAAAUAAAGUACAGUUUUUGGAACCAGAGACUGGCAAAACUGCUAUUCUAAGCACUUUGUCUAAACCCUUUAGUGCCCCAAAGGACCAAAACAUUGGGAUCCAGCCUUGUCUUGAGAAAGUGACAGAAACUCACUCUCAGCCAGUGAAACCACUUAUUCAGGUCAAUUUCCAGCCCAUAGUUCGGGUAGAUGAUAGUCCUGCCCUCAGUCCAAACCUUGCCCAUAAAGAUGAUACUGAGCUUGCUGCCCAAACUGCUGAGUGUGCUCAAGAACAGUCUCCAGUAACUGUCACUCAGACUGCAGAAUGUUCCUCCAAGUCAGUGCCACCCCUGUCUACAAAUCUUACUAUUGAUUCAGAGGAGGUAGAAACCACCCCCCAGUGCUUGGAGCUUCCUGUUAUUUCAACACAAAUUACUGAACCCGCUACACCAUGUGUGCAGCCUCAGGAACCUACUGUACCAUGUACACAGGCUCUAGAACCUCAGAUGUUAGUGUCACACCUCCAAGAGGCACCUAUAUUAUUACCACAGGCUCAAGAAUCUUCUGUGUUAUCGGUAGAUUUUCCAAAACCAACAGAAAUAUCAUCAUGUCUUCUAGAACCUCCCAUAACAUCAUCAGAAAACCAAGGGUAUUCUGUGUGGUCAUCAACCAUUAUUGAAUCUUCUACGUUAUCAUCAGAGGGAUCUGUUUCUUCUGUGGUAUCCCCUCAAGCUCUACAACCACCUGAAGUAUUCACACAAACUGUGGGACCUUCUGUACAAUCCUCACAAGCUGUACAUCCUUCCACAAUGUCAACUAACAUUCCUUCCAAAUUAACAUCAUUAGAUCAACAGCCUCCUAUUACACCAGAAUUAGUGACCCCUGUAGACACUGCACAGGAUUCAAAUCCAUCUGACUCUGAAGCUGAAAAGUCUCCAUCACCUCCCAGAGAGGUGCCUUCUGUCACAGUGGUGGCGGAAAGCAUGUACGGAGAUUUUGAGCAAGCCAUGGACCACUUGCGUUACAGGUUAAUUGCAACACGCAAUCCCGAAGAGAUCCGAGGGGGUGGCUUGCUCAAGUACAGCAACUUAUUGGUUCGAGACUUCAAGCCUGCCAGUGAGACUGAAAUUAAAACAUUGGAACGCUACAUGUGCUCCCGUUUCUUCAUUGACUUUCCAGACGUGAAUGAGCAGCAAAGAAAGAUUGAGUCUUAUCUGCGCAACCACUUCAUCGGCGAGGAGAAGAGCAAGUACGAUUACUUGAUGACGUUGAGGCGGGUGGUCAAUGAGAGCACUGUGUGCCUGAUGGGCCACGAGCGGCGACAAACUCUCAACAUGAUUACCAUCCUUGCUCUGAAGGUUCUGGGGGAGCAGAACAUCAUCCCCAACACCAACAAUGUCACCUGCUACUACCAGCCUGCUCCGUACAUGGCGGAUCACAACUUCAGCAACUACUAUAUUGCCAAUGGACAGUCCCCCCUUAUAUAUCACCCUUAUCCUCUACACAUACACAUGCAGACUGGACUGGUUUAGCACUGAGCUUGAUCCAUACAUGGGAAGCUGCCACUGGGCAGAACCAUAACCACCUUAAAAUCGCCACCACAAAUAAUAAAAUCCUCAGCAUAAGAGAAAGUCCCAGCACUUAAUUGAACAAAACCCCAAUUUGAGUGCUUUAAACUUAGAAAAAGGGAAAUCAUGUACAUAAAUCAGGGACUGACAGCGGUUCUGGCUGCCAAUAGACUCACUCUGCGAACCCUGGGGACCAUAUCUGUUCCUGGAUUCUAGGUCAGCUUUUGUUGGGAUCAGCACAGUCGAUGACCAGUGGAAAUUGAAUACACUAAAACAGUUAAAGGCUAUUGCACUAGCAAAAUCCACAGCUACCAGUGAGUGUGAAAACAUUGAAAACAUAAGGGUAGAAAAAAAGAGAACACAGUGAAAGGGAUGUAUGGAGAAAAUGAUAAUUAACUACAUUAUGUUUUACUUCAGCCAUGUAAGAUGUAUAAAAUGUAUAAACACUGAAUUUGGGAUUGUUAAUUUGGCCAGUUCUACAAUUCUCUUAUCAGGGGACCAUAGUAAAUAUUUUAGAAUCAGUUUAUUUUUGGGGUAUGUUGCUUGUGAUGCUGUAGAGUCAUGAAAGACAUGACAUUAAUUUGCAUUGCAAAAAAACAAAACAAACAAACAACAAAAAAACAAACAAAAACAACAGCAAAAAAAACACAAAUAAAAUUAGAUAAAGAAAGUGCAAAUUUUUUACACAUAUCUUGCUGCACUACAGUGCCAAAACUGUGCAUGAAAAGUAGUCAUGGUGUAAGAUAUAUUUGCAUCCAAUGGUCAUAAACUUUUGUAGACUGAAAUUACCAAGCAAAUGUUUUAAAUUACUGUAUGUGAGCCAAGAGCAUAAUUCGUUUUUGUCCAGUAACCGCAUAAUGCAAAAAGUGUUUUACAAGGUGUGGGUUUUAACUGCAAAUCUACUAGGGAGUCUGUAGAAUUUUAUACUGUAUUAUGACAUGUGAUUAUGAGAGAAUUAUGGAUGUAUUCAAUUUAUUCCUGUCUUACAUUUUUAGAGACAAGCCUAAGUAGUCUAUGACUCAUGGCUCAGCUCCAUGCUGAUACUUACCAGCUGCAUGAUUGAUCUCAGAUGUAAACCAGAGUGAAGUUUAUAUGAAGUUAAAUGUCUGUAUCUCUUCCAUUCGGCCUUUUAUCCUCAGUGGCUGUAAAUGUUUUGUUUGUGUGUCCAGAAUGUGAAUUAUGUUUUUGGAUCAAUGUCAUGCACAUAGGCGUCAGAGAACAGCGAAACGUUGUUAAUGAAUAAUGUUACUGCCAAAUUUCACCAUAAGAGGACUUGAGUCAUACUGGAGUCUGAUGAACUUGCAAAAGUACACAUUGUGAUGUGGGAAGGAAAAAAAGGCUAUUAAUGAAGUGUGUAGGUGUUUUUUGUGUAUCUGUGAUGCACAAAGCCAACUAUGGACUGAGUAAUAUGUGAGUCGGAUUUUAUUUACUUUAUGAUGCAUAUUCAGCCUCAAAAGAAACUGAGGGAUGGUGUCACACUGCUGAAGACCUAAGGGGAACAUUGGGUUCCUCUCGCGGACACAGGGGCAGAAAUGUCUAGUUAUCAGGAUUGCUCGAGGUGCAAAUAUACUACUUUUUUUUUACAUGUUAGUAACAGAAACACAUCUAUUUUUCCAAGAAGGCUCUAUAUUACAGUAAAAAGAGUUUAUGCCAAACACACACACACACACAAAUGAUGGUUAUAUAUAGAUAAGAUACAAUGUCUGAACCUGUUGUUGAAGUAGAUCCUUCAGAGAUAUAAUAUAAACUCAUGUCACUGUUCAUAAGUUGUGGAGUUCCCUUUUCUUGUGAAGUCUUAGUUUUGAAUUUGUGAAAUACUAUUAGCUUUACUGUAUGAUGACUUUGAGUCCCUUAUGAUGUCUUGCCCUGACGUUUUGUCUACUUUUUUGAAAUCUGGCCUUACUGCCAAAACCUUUAGUAACACUGUGCUUAGAUAUAGGUUUAGAUUGGUUUGAAUUGUUUUCCUAAGCAAGAUGUGUAAACACACCAAUCAUGGAACCCUAAAAAAGUUUAUAUGACCAAAGAUGGGUUUUGUAGGAAAACUUAAGUGCCUAAAUGAUGGUCAUUAGAAGGUGAACUGAAAAAAAAAAAAGAAAAAAGAAAAGACACAGAGAAUAAGGGUUAGACAAAAGGAGAGAAAAGGAAAAGGAGAAAGAAGGAGAGGGAAGAACCUUCUCUAAAAUGAAGCUGUGGCUUUUCCUCAUAAUUUCAGGUGUGCGUCAUUUCCUUGCCCUCCUCUAGUGCUAGUUGUGUUGAUGUCAGUUCUGUAGUUCCUCUGGUAAUAUGGCUUGUUUAUGCACCUUUAAUAAAAAAUAUAUUGAUCCACUUAA